AUGUUUCACGUUUGAACCACCUUGACAAGAGAAAGUUCCUGAGAAACACAGAUAUACGAAAGAGAAUCAACUCGACGAAAUUUCGGAAGAAGAUAAAGAGAGCAAGAUCGGAGAUCAUCCAUCUUGGGUGUGUGAUUGUAUGGUGCAUAUGGGAAGAGAGAGAGUGGAAAAGAUGCGCUGUGAACUGUUGGUGGACCUUUGUGGGUUUCUUCUUGUGUUAACAGAACUUUGAUUCUUUAAGCUGAUUGAUUCAGACUUCGAAGCGAACUUCAUAAUGGAAUUACCUUGCCAUCCUAGUAAGAGAACAAUGGAAACUCAAUCUGGCGGCUUGAUGCAAGAGCAGAAUUUGAACUCCCAUUGCAGAGGGGAUUCAGUUAUAAAGAGUACUAAUGUAUAUAAAAAGAAGACUGUAUCAGUUGGCAGUCGAAGAGCACUCGCUGACCUUUCAAAUUCAGCAAAACCCUCUACAUGCCUGCCAUCAAAGAACCAUUCCCUUAAGCUUGGUGCUGUUGAUGCAGAACAUGGUGUAUGCAAGCCAACAUAUAUCUCUGGAGGAAAGAUCAAUGUCCUUAGCGAGUUAAACUCCGGGAAACCCUCUAUGCUUCAGGCUUCAAAGAAGAAACAUUUGAAUAAGUUGAGUACUAACAAUGAAGAGACUAAUGUUUCUAACCCUAGAUCUCCUGUCAAGGGAGUGAUUAAUGUUCUUAAUCCCACAGCCUGUCAGGAAUUAAAGAACCAUCAGUUUAAUGCUCAAGGGAAAGUAAAUGGCAGGAAAGCACUUGCAAACAUUUCGAAUCGAGAAAGUUUAUCUGUGCAUCAGGCUUUAAAAAUUAAUCAUUCCAAGAAGCUUAGUUCUGUUGUGGACGAACAAUUCCUACACGAUCAUAAAGGGUGUGUUAAAUCAAGAACAAGCGCUGUUGAUAUGGAAUACUUUAUGAGGACUCUUGGAUUGGAUGAUGAUUCUUCAAUGCAAUUAUCAUUUGAAAGCGAGCUUUUAGAACAGAGGCGAGGAAAGGUUGAGAGCCCCCUUCGGAAUUGGGAAACUAUGGAGAUAGUUGAGCUCCCAAAAGAAAUUCAAACUCCCUUUCAACACAGGACACUUGAGCUGCUGGAUAUGAAUUGUUCUUCACAGCAAUGCAGGACAUUUAAGUCUCCAAAAUUUGCAUUAAUGAACACGCCAAAGCUUUCCUCAGUGUUGAAUCCUCUCAACUUUGAGUAACCAAUGCUGUGCUGCAGGCGGCCUGGUGAUAUCUUGAUCAAAUGUGGUAGUUUAAAUCAUGUAGUUCAUGUUUCUUUCCUUCGAAUCUUUCCACCUUUUUGUACUUUUACACAUCCGUACUUCUAGUUUCUGAAGCCAUUUUGAUUGGUUGUUAUAAUAAUGCAGCUCCUACAUGUUUGUUUGUC